GUAGUGCGCUGGGUAUGAGUUGCGAAUGCGUUGAAGGCUUUAUGAUACUUUGGGUCACAGAAAAAGUUGUCAAGGGUGGGCUGAAAACGAUGGGACGGCAUAACAGCAAGUAAACAAUAGUUUCACAGAGGAGAGGGCUUGACCGACGCUGAAAACUAAGAACGAUAGACUUCAGGAUCUCUGAAAGAUAAACAACUUAAAGAGAUUUUAAAACCAGCUGGAAAGAAUCAAGAUUGUGCUAAAGAUUUGCUGCUUUUCUUGAUAUUUUUGGUGAAAAUGGGUAAUGGAAUAAACAAGGUCCUGCCUGAUCUGUAUCUUGGAAAUCUCAAAGAUGCACGAGACAGGGAGCUGCUGGCAAAGCACAACAUCACUCACAUCCUGUCCAUCCAUGACACGGCUGCACCUAUCCUGGAGGACAUGACGUAUCUGUGUAUAUCUGCUGCUGACCACUCCAAGCAAAACCUGAUUCAGUUCUUCAGAGAUAGCAUCAUGUUCAUUCACGAGUCCCGCCUGAAAGGAGAGGGCUGUCUCGUCCACUGUGUUGCAGGCGUGUCCCGCAGUGUGACUCUGGUGGUGGCUUACAUUAUGACGGUGACAGGGCGGGGCUGGGUGGACUCCCUGGCGGCGGUGAGGGCGGCUCGGCCAUGUGCGGGACCAAACCUGGGCUUCCUGCGUCAGCUGGAGGAGUUUGAAAACACAGAACUGACAGACUACCGAGCCUGGUGGAAGGAUCGAUACGGGAAGACCUCGUUCAACGAUGACGAGGAGGUGAAAAACCUUCUGACAAAGAAAUCUGAAAACAGCGUAACGACAAACAGCAUCACGCCUCCACUGAGCACAAGAAGCACCUGAGAGAAAAAAAAGGUCAUUUUUCUGCCGUUUUUUUUUAUAAACUGAAAGAGAAAAGGACUGCGGGCUUCUUGUCAGACUCUAAAACCCUCCAAACUUUUGUGGAUUUUCACCCUUUUCGCUGAUCUUUCAGAGAAACACUUCAUUAGCACCGCCGCCUGUAUCUAUAAGAUGUAAUAUAUCUCUUAUUUGCAGGACAGUCAUGUGAGUGCAGGGGAUUUUAUGUCAUUGUCUCUGUCCCCCCAUCGUAGUAACUGUCAAAACAACAUGCAAGGGCAGCCAAGCCUGACAACAGAGACACAUGAACAUACAGUCUGUACUGGAGACAUUCAGCAGUCUACACUCCCCCUUUAGUUCUGUUAUGCUGUGUCCUCUACUCAAAGAAUGAGUCGGACUUUCUAUUGACGCCUAAGAAGUACAGUAAGCAACAUCAGUUUUAUUUCUUUAUGACACUUUAUUUUAGAAUGGAUUUAACAAAUAAGACCUCCAAAUAAAAAGAGAAUCGGU